AUGAAGAAGCCUAUGAAAACUACUAGCCCCAGGAAAGCCACACCACCAGAGCAACACAAUGGAUCAAUCUUUGAUUCUCCCGCCUAUAAAGCUUUCAAAGUACCCACUAUACUGGACUCUGACAAACACACGACCAUCUCCUUUGUGGACCCCAAAGAAGCACUGAAAUCAUCCGACCGCCUAUCCACCAAACAACCCAAGCCCAACUCCCACAAGGCCCAACAAACCACCGCUACAGGGAAGGAAAAUGCCAUUCCUAAGCCCCCGAACUUAAGCCCAGCAAAAGGGGGCUUUAAAGUUCAACAAAAUGUUAAAAUCAGGGCUUUAAACUCUAAAGUGAGCAAUGACGCUGGGUCCCCCUCGGAGGAGCUCACCAAAGCACUAGCAGAGGCACUUGGGGCCUCUAUUCGGUCAGAUGAUGAUGUGGCUUUCCAGGAAGCUUCGGGUUCAGGCCUUGAUGAUGAAGCCGCCUUUGAUAGUAAUCAGGAUGGGAAUAAUCACUUUCUCUUCUCCGCCAUCUAUGGGAUCCCGAACCCUACCAUCCAUGGUGAGCUGUGGCAGGAUCUUUUGAAACUUCAAAUCACUUCGGAUAAGGCUUGGUUAAUGGCAAGCGAUUUUAAUGCCACUACUUCAAUUGGCAAACAUAGAGGUGGGGCUCGUAGCUCCACGCAGGGGCGUAAGAUCUUUAGAGAUUUCAUAAAGCAGGCUGGAUUAUUGGACCUGGGAUUCAUCGGCCCAAAAUUUACCUGGCAACACGGUAGGCUUAUGACCUUUCCGUUUCUUGGCACCGUGGAUACUCCACUUGGACUUUCCAAGUCUGGUCAAAAAGCACUGGACCAGGGGGCAGGACUGGUAGAAUGCAUCAACUCCUUCAUCCAAGAAGCUCAAUAUUGGAACACAACAGUAUUCAGAGAAAUAGGGAAGACUAAAAGGUGCAUUAGAUCCCAUUUAUCUAGCAUUCGACGCUCACUCGAAGAGUCCCCUUUCUCUUUGCAUCUCCUCAAUCUAGAACGCAAACUUCUAGUGGAGUAUGAAGACAUUUGCCUCAGUGAGGAACUUCUCUGGCUUCAAAAUUCGAGAAACCAAUGGAUCAAUGAUGGGGAUCGCAACACAAAAUUCUACCAUACCAAAGCACUCAUUUGUCGAAGACGCAAUAGAGUUUUGAUGCUGAAAACAAAUGAAAAUCUCUGGGAGGCCAACCAGACCAAGCUGAGGACUAUGGUAGUGGACUGCUUUAAAAAUCUUUAUACGCCCGAUCAGAACUCUAACAUGUUCGGUUUAGGUGAAGGUAUGUUUUCUCCUCUUCCUGAUUCCAUGCUGAAUAUGUUGGACUGCCCGAUAACAAAGGAGGAAACAAAACAAGCUUUGUUCAAUAUGGCCCCCCUGAAAUCUCCUGGCGCUGACGGGCUCCAUGCACUCUUUUUUCAAUCCCAAUGGGACAUUACUGGGGAAACAGUUUUUAACGAAAUUCGACGCAUUUUUGAGGGAGGUAGAACUGAUCCCACUCUCAAUCGCACCCUGAUUGCCCUGAUCCCAAAAACAGAAAAUGCCCAGACUCUUAAAGAUUUUCAACCCAUUAGCUUGUGCACAACCUUCUAUAAAAUCCUUACCAAAAUCAUCUCAAAAAGGCUACAAAGCAUCAUGCCUUUGCUAACCUUGCCUUACCAAUCGAGUUUCAUAAAGGGCAGAAGCAUAAUCGAUAACAUCAUAAUAGCUCAGGAAGCAAUACAUUCUAUGAGGAGAAAGUCUGGGAAAUCUGGAUGGAUGGCUAUCAAAGUAGACCUCGAAAAAGCAUUUGACAGGCCAAGCUGGGACUUUGUCCAGGACACUCUUGUAGCCGCGAAAAUACCUUGCAACAUAAUCCAGAUUAUCAUGGAUUGUAUCACUUCAGUAAGCAUGCAGGUCCUUUGGAAUGGUUGCCCUACUGACUCCUUCUACCCUCAGAGAGGAAUUAGGCAAGGGGAUCCCCUCUCCCCAUACCUUUCUGUGCUAUGCAUAGAACGCUUUUCCCAAGCCAUACAGCAUUCGGUCUCGUCAGGUGCCUGGAAGCCCAUCAAGUUAUGUCAUAAUGGCCCAUCCUUAUCCCAUCUGUUUUUCGCAUAUGAUCUUAUCCUAUCUACCUCGAUCUUCCCUUCCCAAGUGCGGGUAAUUCAACAAGUGUUAUCAAUGUUUUGUCUGUCUUCGGGUCAAAAGGUUAGCGAAGCUAAAACGAAAGUCUUUUUCUCUACAAAUGUGGAUCGACAGCAGGCGAGAGCCAUUUGUACUCAGCUGGGCUUUAAUCAAACAUAUAACCUUGGGAGAUACCUAGGGGUCCCAAUUAUCUACAAAAGGGUCACUAAGGAAGCUUAUCAUUACAUUGUGGAAUGA